CUCCCGAGAGCGUUCCAAAGAUGGUUGACAGUGGACUGACUUGCUAGAAAGACUUUGUCUGUUUGGACCUGCAGUUUUUGGCAGCACAUCCGUUCAUCAUGUUUUCAGCAGCAGUUUUGCGCGCAUCUGCCGCCGGUAUCAGGUGUUUGACUCGAACACGUCCCGUUUACACAGCUCCUCUGGUGGUAAGAUGUUUCUCUCAUGCUGAAGUAGAAACUGAUGAGGAGUUUGACUCUCGCUGGGUGACGUACUUCAGCAAACCUGACCUCGACACCUGGGAGCUUUGCAAAGGUAUGAACACACUGAUUGGAUACGACCUUGUUCCAGAACCGAAAAUUUUGGACUCUGCUUUGCGUGCUUGCAGACGGUUGAAUGAUCUGGCCAGCGCGAUCCGCAUCUUAGAGGCUGUCAAAGAUAAAUCGGGUCCUCAUAAGGAGAUCUACCCGUAUGUGAUCCAGGAACUCACACCAACACUGCAGGAGCUGGGCAUCUCCACCCCAGAAGAGCUGGGCAUUGAUAAAGUGUGAUUGCCUCAUACACUGUUUUGUGUGUGUGUGUGUGUGUGUGAAUUUAAUGAGGUUUACUACCUCUGCUCUUCACUGUGUGAUGUUCAGGGGGUCAAACUCUGUCCCAUCCUGUAUAAAAUAAUAAUGGACCUAAUAAACCAAGCAAUACUGAAA